ACUGAUGUGUCCGUUCCCCUGGCUUGUUCGCUGCGGUUACCUAGGCCUGAGUCCCGUCAAAGCCCUUUAAAUUGAACACGAGCCAGGUGCCUGCGGACGGCGAGCCAGAUCGCGGGGGUUGAGAAUCAUGGCUGCAGGAAAGUUUGCAAGUCUUCCCAGAAACAUGCCAGUGAAUCACCAGUUCCCGCUGGCCUCGUCCAUGGACCUUCUGAGCAGCAAGUCCCCUCUCGCUGAGCACCGCGCAGAUGCCUAUCAAGACGUGUCUAUACACGGCACCCUUCCACGGAAGAAAAAGGGCCCUCCUUCCACAAGGUCCUGUGAUACCGUGGCUCACGUGGGCACCCUCUCUCACUCCAAAUCCCCACGGCAGAGCUCACCUCUCACUCAGGGCACCAUCCAGGAAGACCCACCGCAAGACUGGAAAGGGGAAACCUUCACCUUCAGGGAUCCACAUCUUCUGGACCCAACUCUGGAAUAUGUGAAGUUCUCCAAGGAGAGACACGUUAUGGACAGGACACCUGAGAGGCUGAAGAAGGAACUGGAAGAAGAGCUGCUGCUGAGCAGUGAGGACCUGCGUAGCCACGCCUGGUACCACGGACGCAUCCCCCGACAGGUGUCUGAAAACCUCGUGAGGCGAGACGGUGACUUCCUGGUCCGUGACUCCCUGUCCAGCCCUGGGAACUUUGUCCUGACCUGUCAAUGGAAGAACCUUGCUCAGCACUUCAAGAUCAACCGGACAGUUCUGCGGCUCAGCGAGGCCUACAGCCGUGUGCAGUACCAGUUUGAGAUGGAGAGCUUCGACUCCAUCCCCGGCCUGGUGCGCUGCUACGUGGGCAACCGGAGGCCCAUCUCCCAGCAGAGUGGUGCCAUCAUCUUCCAGCCCAUCAACAGGACGGUGCCGCUGCGGUGCCUGGAGGAACGUUACGGAACCUCCCCCAGCCGGGGCCGGGAAGGCAGCCUCACCGAGGGAAGGCCAGAUGUGGCCAAGAGACUAAGCCUCACCAUGGGUGGUGUCCAGGCGCGGGAGCGAAGCCUGCCCAAGGGAAACCUCCUCAGGAAUAAAGACAAGAGUGGCAGCCAGCCUGCCUGCCUGGAUCACAUGCAGGACCGGAGGGCCUUAGCCCUCAAAGCCCACCAGUCGGAGAGUCACCUGCCCAUCGGGUGUAAACCACCUCCUCAGUCCCCAAGCAUGGAUGCCAGCCCCUGUCCCAACUCACCUGUGUUCAGGACAGGCAGCGAACCCACCCUGAGCCCGGCACUGGUUCGGAGGGUCUCUUCGGACACAAGGGCGGGGGAAGCGCUGCGAGGAUCAGACAGCCAGCUGUGUCCCAAGCCACCCCCAAAGCCCUGCAAGGUGCCCUUCUUCAAUGCACCCCCUUCUCCAUCCGCCUGGCUCAAUUCAGAGGCCAACUACUGUGAACUGAACCCCACCUUCACCUCCGGCUGUGACAGGGGAGCCAAGCUGUCUUCUAGUGCCCUGGGCAGCCACACAGAGCAGACUGCCCAACAGAAUGGGGGACCAGGUCCUCGGAACUCUGGCACCAACUACUUGAUCCUUGACGGGGAUGACAAGCCCACACCUUGGGAACCAAUGGCAUCACAGAUGGAAGAGGGGCAGGAGGACAGAGGCAAGUUCGUGCUGCCCCUCAUGGACACCGUGUCCUCAUUCAGACCCAAUGACUUUGACUCGAAGCUGCUCCUUCCACAGAACAAGCCCCUGGAAACCGCGAUGCUGAAACGUGCGAAAGAACUGUUUGUCAACAACGAUGCCAGGGUGAUCGCCCAGCACAUGCUGAGCGUGGACUGCAAGGUUGCCAGGAUACUCGGAGUCUCCCAAGAGACGAAGAGAAACAUGGGUGUGAGCUCAGGGCUGGAGCUCGUUACCUUACCUCACGGACGCCAGCUGCGCCUGGACCUCAUCGAGAGACACAACACAAUGGCCAUCGGCAUUGCAGUGGACAUCCUGGGCUGCACGGGCACUCUGGAGGAACGAGCAGGCACCCUCAAUAAGAUCAUCCAGGUGGCAGUGGAACUGAAAGAUGGCAUGGGGGACCUCUAUUCUUUCUCAGCUAUCAUGAAAGCACUGGAGAUGCCACAGGUCACAAGGUUAGAAAAGACAUGGACUACCCUGCGGCACCAGUACACCCACACAGCCAUCCUCUAUGAAAAACAGCUGAAGCCCUUCAGCAAAAUCCUGCACGAAGGCAGAGAGUCCACAUGUGUCUCCCCAAGUAGUGUGUCAGUCCCACUGUUGAUGCCUCUCGUGACCUUAAUGGAGCGCCAGACUGUUACUUUUGAAGGAACUGACAUGUGGGAGAAAAAUGACCAAAGCUGUGAAAUUAUGCUGAAUCACUUGGCAACGGCCCGGAUCAUGGCUGCAGCUGCGGACAACUACCGGAUGAAUGCUGAGCGGAUCCUGGCAGAUUUUCAACCAGAUGAAGAAAUGAGUGAAAUCUUCAAGACGGAAUUUCAAAUGCGAUUGCUGUGGGGCAGCAAAGGAGCCGACGUCAAUCAGACGGAGCGCUACGAGAAGUUCAGCCAGAUUCUGACGGCGCUCUCACGGAAACUGGAGCCUCCUCCCGUGAAGCAGACUGAGCUCUGCGAGCUCUCCAGAGGACCUUGACGGUGUCCUCUCAAGCCUCUCCUGUUGCUUCCUUGGGAAAGCUUAUCAUCUGAUAAAGUAAAUAAUGUGCAAAUCUGACAAUGUACAAGCUUUUGAUAUCCCCAGGAUAUUAAAGGUGGAAGUUGCACAAGGCACACUUAUUUAUGAAUUGUUUUAAAUUACUACUGAUUUUUAAAUGAAUGGUAAUUUAUUAUUAAGGUAACUAUUGCUAAUGUUGACCAGCAAAUUUAAGAGAAGAUCUAGCUGUGUUGACUGUUUUUGUUUUUUUAAUCAUUAUGGUAUCUGACCAUCCGCGUUUUAAUUCCAUGUCAGAUAAAUGUAAAUAGAAGAGUUUAAAAGAAAAGCAUGAAACAUUUCAAAAGGUAUCAGUUAUAUGAUAUGCUUUAAAUAAAUACGAAAAUGUAAAUAGUCAUGAAUGAAAAUAUAUCUUUUUGUGAAA